GAUUGAGAUACCAAACACGGGAGCAAACAGCACAAAGAGCAAGCAUUUUUCUUACCUCCUGAUAAAAACUUAAUUUGCAAGUAUUGCAGAUCAUGGAAUCCUAAAAUUUUGUUCCCCAAAAAUGACAACACCCGCGGGUUCAGCACCGCUUCCGCACCGGUCGGUCGCUAACAUCCGAUCACCAACCGGAGCCGGUCAUCACCAGAGCGGGCCGUCCACACCACUGCGGUCCAUCUCCUCCCUUCCAUCCAACUUUGGGUCCCCAUCUAGCCUUCGCGCCGACGAGGAGAUUAUUAUCAUCGAGUUUGGUACCCGGAAAUUGCAGGUUGGCUUUUCCGGCGAUUCAGUUCCCAGAGGAUGCGUUUGGUUUGGGCCCGACCAACAACGUAGGGCUGGCGACUUCAGGGCCUGGCAGACGGACUACCGCUACGAUUGGAAGGCAGCAGCCGCCGGUGGAUCAUGGGGGAAGGACCACGAGUUGUGGCAGUAUGACGUCCGGGGUGCUGAUCUCGGCCUGGUCGGGGACAAGAUCGAGCGGGCACUGAGAGAGGCGUUUACCAAGUAUCUCCUCAUCGACUCACGCCCGCGGAGGUUGGUCUGGGUUGUUCCCUCCACCCUACCGAUUCCCUUGCUGUCAGCCGCUUUGGACAGCGUCUUCAGCCGCUUCAUGCCGCCUACCGUCUCACUACUCUCAUCUCAGCUUACCCUAACUGUUGGCGCCGGGGUACGCUCAGCACUCGUUGUCGAUCUCGGCUGGAGUGAGACCAUUGUCACCAGUGUCUGCGAGUACCGCGAGGUAGCCUCCAAGCGAAGCAUCCGCGGUGGUAGGAUGCUUGUUGAGCAGACGCACAACCUGCUCGCCAAGCAUCUCCCCGAAAAUCAAACUGGCUCUGGUGAUGAUGGCCGGGAGCGUGUCAUUACUUUUGAAGAAUGUAGCGACAUCACCACUCGCAUGGUCUGGUGUAAGCCUCGCCAGACCUCGGCCCCCGCCCAACAGUCGUCCGAUGAUGCCCUGGCCACCGUUCAGGAGCAGGACGAAAGUGAGCCCGGGGAACCCAUAACACCUAGGGAGCCCGGCUUGGUUACGAUACCCGUAAAGACUUGCCGGUCGCCAACGACGCUAGAGCUCCCCUUCGACGCGCUCGCGGAGCCGUGCGAGAACGCGUUUUUCGACUCUCAAUAUUCACAAAGCAGCUUCGACGACCACGAACUACCUCUACAUUUAUUGGUAUACCAGAGCCUCCUCCACCUACCCGUGGAUGUACGGGCACUUUGCAUGUCUCGCAUCAUUUUCACCGGUGGAUGUGCCAACGUCCUCGGCCUCCGAGGCCGAAUCUUCGAUGAAGUAUCCCACCUCGCCCAGGAGAGAGGGUGGGACCCAGUCCAAGGCAAGGCUGUGGACCAGCUGCGCACCAACCCCAAGUUGAAAGGGAGGGAGGCGGGCCAGGCUGGAAAUGGUUCACCUGACAACGCGCCACAGGCCCAUGAGGGCGAGGAAAAAGACGGCGUUUGGCACGACGCAGCCAACACCAUACCCGAGGUAGACACCGUCGAGGAGCAGUUGAAGAGAGGGACCGACAGGAGACCACGAGUGCAGGGCGAGAUGAGAGCCAUUGAGUCACUCGGCGCCUGGAGCGGGGCGAGCUUGGUUACCCACCUCAAGGCCCCAGCUAUUGCCACCAUUGAUCGAGAGCUUUGGUUGCAACACGGUGCUUCCGGAGCGAGUAAGGCCAGCGAGGUCGAUUACAAAACGCAGAGGCAGAGCUUGGGAGCAGGCGGCUUAAUUAGGGGGUCUGCGGCUGGGUCGGCCUGGACCUUGGGUGUCUGGGGAACUAGCUGAAGGGGGGGUUAAUCAGGGUGGACGGGGUCAAGACGACGCUGGGGAAGUGAACACAAUCCAGCAGUAUAGAUACCCUUUGCAGUAACAUGAAGUAAGUUUUUACGCCUCGUUGUUGUAAUUCUGGUCUCGGCUAGUGUUAUGACCAUAGAAGUGGUACCGAC